AAUAAAAUUGAAGAACAUUGACCCUCACAUCUUGUUUAUUUACAUUAGUUUCUUCUAAGGAACUUUAGAAAUAUUCAAGCAAAUUUUACCAUGGUUCGAAUAAGUUUGGCUUUUCUUUGUUUUCAUUGCUUGGUAAUUCGUAUAACGUCAGAUUGUGGGUGCAAUAAAGCGUUGAACAGGCAGUCCGACACAUUAGACAGCGUAUCUAUAAAAAAGAAUGAGGUUCCAGUUUGCCAGCAAGCCAAAAGAGAUAGUAACCACUAUCGCGAUUAUUACCCAGAAGACCCAACCAUGUCAUUCAUACCUGGCGGAAGCUUUUUAAUAGGAACUGAUGAACCUCAUUUUCAAAGUGAUGGAGAGUCACCGGAGCGUCUAGUUAAAGUUGCCGAUUUUUAUAUCGACAAAUACGAAAUAUCCAAUUCCAGAUUUAACGAUUUUGUUAAAACAACAAAUUAUACUACUGAGGCAGAGAUAUUUGGCGACAGUUUUUUAUUUAAGACACUCCUCACAUCGGAAAUGCAAAAGAAGUACGACGAUUUUCGUGUUGUAAGCGCGCCGUGGUGGUACAAAGUAAAGGGAGUUUCAUGGCGGCAUCCGCAAGGACCGCACAGUAACAUAAACGAUAUCUUGGAUCAUCCAGUUGUUCAUGUAUCUUGGAAUGACGCCGUGGCUUUCUGUGGUUGGGCAGGAAAACGGUUACCAACUGAGGCGGAAUGGGAGGUAGCUUGUCGAGGUGGAAAGAAGAGAAAACUUUUUCCUUGGGGAAACAAAUUAUCACCAUACGGAGAACAUUGGCUAAAUAUAUGGCAAGGAGAUUUUCCUGAUGGGAAUACGGCUGAAGAUGGUUAUAGUAUAACUUGUCCUGUGAGCAAAUUUCGACAAAACGACUAUGAUAUUUACAAUAUUGUUGGAAAUGUUUGGGAAUGGACGCAAGACCUAUGGCAAACGAACGACGUUAGUUCGAAUCCACCACGCGUAAAGAAAGGUGGUUCGUAUUUAUGUCACAAAUCCUAUUGCUACCGCUACCGGUGUGCUGCCCGCUCCCAAAAUACGGAAGACAGUUCAUCCGGUAACUUGGGAUUCCGCUGCGCAAAGGAUGCGUAA